ACAGAGCUGGCGGGAAGACGUACCUCUCCUCUCUGGCUUCACUUGAUCAACAUAUAUUCUGCUUCUAAAGGACAGACCACCACCCCCGUUCCUUCGGUCACAAUGGGGCCCCACAACCAAGAGAAACCCGUCGAGAAAACCGCGGAGGGCGCCGCAGAGUUAGCCCCAGCGUCGGCCUCCGCCUCCUCGCCGCCUCCUUCGCUGGUGUGGCUGAGAUCCUGCGAGAAGGAGACCGUCACACCCGUCGAGGGGAAACAGUCAGGGCGUGUGCCGAAGUGGCUGAGUGGCAGGCUGACCCGCAAUGGGCCCGGAAGAGUCCAGUACGGAAAGACCCGCUUCAACCACCUGUUCGAUGGCUCGUCCUACCUCCACCAGUUCAACAUCGCCUCCGGAAAGGUCACCUACCAGUCAAGGUACCUGCAGAGCGACACCUAUAAGAGGAAUACAGAAGCCGAUCGAAUUGUGGUCUCGGAGUUCGGUACAGUGGCGUAUCCGGACCCUUGCAAGACCAUAUUGCAGAGGUUCAUGAGCAAGUUCGAACCGCCAGGCAAGAACGCAUCCGACAACUGCGUGGUGAGCGUGAUGCACCUCGGCGACGAGAUGUAUGCGCUCACGGAGACGCCUCACCUGCGGCGUGUGGACCCCGCCACGCUAGAGUGUGUGGGCGACAGGACGAAACUGGAAGAAUAUAUCGCUGUGAACCAGGCCACAGCGCACCCGCAUGUCGACCCAGACGGCACUGUCUACAACAUGGGCAACUCGUUCUCUGGGAAGAAAGGCCCAACAUACAACAUUAUCAAAUUCCCUCCGGCGAAGGAGGUCGAUGGGGAGGUGAUCUCUUCUCUCGAACAAGCGGAGAUCGUGGCCUCCGUCCCCUGCCAGUGGAGGAUGUAUCCCUCUUACUACCACUCCUUCGGCAUGUCCGACGAGUACUUCAUUUUCGUGGAGCAGCCCUUCGUGUUCAGCUUGAGGAAGUUCCUCUUCAACCACUUUCUAGGGAAGCCGUACUUGGGGGCCAUUGAGUGGUAUCCCGACCAGAAGACUAAGUUCCGUGUAGUGAAACGAGAGACAGGAGAAGUUCUGAAGACGGCGUACACUGCAGACGCUUUCCUGACCUUCCACCACACCAACGCCUACGAGAAGGACGGCCAGCUGGUGGUCGACUUGGCGGCCAUGGACGACGGCCAGGUAAUUCACCAGGUGAUGCUCAACAACCUAGCGGACCCGGAGUUCGAGUCUCCUCCGGCCACCAUGCCAACACAUCGGCGCUUCGUUCUGCCGCUCAAUGUCGAGGAUUCGGCCGUCGACAGUAACCUGGUGACACUCCCCGGCACCAAAUGCACGGCCUUCAAGCGCCAGUCUGGAGAAGUGGAAGUCCAAGGGGAGGUCAUCGCCGACCAGUACUUCGAUCUUCCUCGCAUAAAUUACCGGUACAACGGGAAGGAAUACAAGUACGCUUAUGGAGUCGAGAUCAAUCCGAAGGGCACGGAGUUUGCGAAGCUGGUGAAGAUGAACGUGAACACGGGCGAGACAAAGACCUGGCACGAAGAGGGAAAACUGGUGAGCGAGCCCGUGUUCGUGGCCGCCCCCGACGCCACCAAGGAAGACCAAGGUGCCGUCUUGUCUACUCUUCUCAGCAAGGAAGACCCGACGUUCGUAGCCCUGCUGGUUCUGGACCCUGCCAAGUGGACAGAAAUAGCCCGCGUGGUGUUCAAAGCUCAGGGCACAGUCACUCCCACCUUUCAUGGACAGUUUGCUGGUACCAAUGAAAAGGUCCAUCUGUUCUAAGAGGUUCCACAAAGCCGCCAGAUACUCGACUGGAUAUGAAGUAUCCUUUGAUACAUAUUGUCAUGCAUAUGGAGCAUUUCCCCAGAUUUGAGUUCUUUUGAAGAUACAAAGAGGAAGAAAAUAUUGGCCGAAUAUCAUGCCUUAUGGAGAAAAGAAAAAAGUUGAAUUUUAACGCUUAAGAAAAUAAAUUAUUUCGGUGUGUUCGCUGUCCUGCAUUUGCAUUGCUUGAUAUGUAUUUUUGUGUGCUUAGUUCUAAGUCAAACCUGAGAGAGAUAUAUUAAUAAAUUAAUAUUAUAUAUAUUAUACAAAUUCUUUUUAUAUAUAUCAUAUAUGUAUAUGUGUGUGUAUGUGUGUGUGAGUGUAAAUGUAUACAUCUUUUAAUGAUGCAUACAUUAAUAAACACCUUUCUAUACGAUUUGAUUGUACUUCAUUCAAAAGAUUAAUCUAAUCUAAUCUAAGUCACAGCAAUUUCAGAUUUCCAAUCGUACACUUUGUUAUGUCCGGUAAAAUCAUCUCUAAUUGUCUCUCUGGAUACAAUAUGUAAACUUUCACCCAUUCUACAGCAACUUCCUCAAGUAUGUGCUGUAGAAAUAGUCACUACCUGUAAAGCAGAUAUUGUAUUUUACUAUUAAAGCUUAAAGUGAACUGAC